AUGGGACAGUUUUCGGGAGGAUGCUACCUGAGUUUGGGCAUCCUCGGGCUCCUCGUGCUCCUCGGCUCGCGAGUCCCGGCCACGUCCGCGAGAGGUCCCCGAGGCGGUGAGGCCGCGCAGCACGGCCAGGCCGCCACGCUCCCCCGCUUCCUGGAGGAGCCCGUCGACGCCUACAUCGUCAAGAGCAACCCCAUCAAGCUCCGGUGUCAAGCUCGGCCCGCUCUUCAGAUCUUCUUCAAGUGCAACGGCGAGUGGGUCCACCAGAGCCAGCACUUGUCCCAGGAGCACACGGAUCUGGGGACAGGGCUGAAGACCCGCGAGGUGCUGAUCAACGUGUCGCGCCAGCAGGUGGAGGACUUCCACGGCCCGGAGAACUACUGGUGCCUGUGCGUCGCCUGGAGCCACCUGGGAACCUCCAAGAGCCGCAAGGCCACCGUCCGCAUCGCCUACCUGAGGAAGAACUUUGAGCGGGACCCCCAAGGCGCCGAGGUGCCUCUGAGCGGCAUGAUGGUGUUGCACUGUCGUCCCCCAGAGGGAGUGCCCGUGGCUGAGGUGGAAUGGCUAAAAAACGACGAACCCCUGGACCCCAAAGGCACCGUCGACUCGAGAGGCGACCACAACCUCGUCGUCUCCGAAGCCCGGCUCUCCGAUUCCGGGAACUACACCUGCGUUUCCAGCAACAUCGUGGCCAAGAGGCGCAGCGCCACCGCCGCCGUCGUGGUCUACGUGAACGGCGGCUGGUCGCCGUGGACCGACUGGUCGCCCUGCAACGUGCGCUGCGGUCGCGGCGUCCAGAAACGCUCUCGCACCUGCACCAAUCCGGCCCCUCUCAACGGGGGGGCCUUCUGCGAGGGCAUGUCGGUACAGAAGAGCACCUGCAGCACGCUGUGUCCAGUGGACGGCGGCUGGGGCGAGUGGAGCGAGUGGUCGGCGUGCGGCUCGGACUGCGAGAGGCAGCGCGGCCGAGAGUGCACCGCGCCCGAGCCCAAACACGGAGGACGGCUGUGCGACGGCGUGGCGCUGGCGACGGACAACUGCACCGGCGGCCUGUGCACGCAGAAUCGGAAGUUGCUCCACGAUGCUAAGCCGCAGGGUGUGGAGGGCAGCAGCGACGUGGCCCUGUACUCGGGCCUCGCUGCGGGGGUGGUGACGGUGGUGCUGCUGAUCGUCGCCGUCGCUCUCUACCGGAGGAGCCAGAGCGAGUACGGCGUCGACGUCAUCGACUCCUCCGCCCUCACCGGGGGCUUCCAGUCCUUCAGCUUCAAGACCUCUCGUCAGGCAAACCCGCUGCUUAAUAAUUCAUCCAUGCAACCCGAUCUGACGGUGUCGCGCACCUACACCAGCCCCAUGUGCUUUCAGGACUCCAUCGAUAAGGAGCUGAUGGCCGAGCGCUCACUCCUCGACCCAUUGCCUGAUCUCAAGGUCAAAGGGGCGCCAGAAAGGGCGGAGUACCACGUCAUGCCCCACCCUCAGACAUUUCCCAGGGGCCUGGCUCCAGACUACAGAGGGGUCGCGGUCGGCACCACGCUGGGCCGAAGAGGCAAAACCCUCUUCCCUCCACACGUCUCCCUGACUCCCGGCAGGCCUCUCCACAGAGCGACGGCGGUGUUCGGUCACGCCGGCGGCCGCCUGGUGGUGCCCAACACAGGUAUAAGUCUGUUGGUGCCUCACGGGGGGAUCGCAGAAGACACCACCUGGGAAACCUACAUGACCCUCCACCAGGAGGACAGCAGCACCAUGUCGGAGGACGGGCCAGAGAUCUUCUUGAGCCCGGCGGUCACGUAUGGCCCACCGGGCCUCGACCUGUCCUGUCCCGUGGCCAUGACGGUGGCCCAUUGUGCGGAGGUUGCCGCCGAUAAUUGGACCAUCCGGCUAAAGAGACAAAUGCAGGACAACAAGUGGGAGGAAGUGAUGUCUGUGGACGAGGAGAGCGCGUCCUGCUACUGCCUGCUGGAGGCCCAGAGGUGCCACGUGCUGCUGGAGCACCCGGGUCGCUACGCCCUGGUGGGCGAGCCGCUGAGCCAGGACGCCGCCAAGCGGCUGAGGCUGGCCGUGUUUGGUAGUCCGGAUAGCAGCAACUCCCUGGGCUUCACCCUCAGGGUCUACUGUGUGGACGACACGCCGCACGCUUUUCAGGAGGUGGCAGUCGGCGAGCGCAGCCGGGGCGGGCGGCUGCUGGAGGAGCCCAAAAGGAUGCUGUUCAGGGGGAACACGUUCAGCCUCCAGGUGUCCAUCCAGGACGUCCCACAGUUACUCUGGAGCAUCAAACCGUUCACCACCUGCCAGGAGUUCUCCUUUUCUCAGGUGUGGGCCAGUAGCCAGCGCCCCCUGCAGUGUGCCUUCUCCCUGGAGCGAUACGGCCACUCCUCGUCACAGCUCUCCUGCAAGAUCGGCAUCCGGCAGGUCAAAGGCGAGGAGCAGAUCCUGCAGGUCUACACGUCGGUGAUGGAGAACGAGAAGGGAGUGGUUCCCCUUUUCACGCAGUCGGACUGUACCAUCACCUCUCAGACGGGGUCACGGGCCUUUAAAAUCCCCCCGUCCAUCCGUCAGCGGAUCAGCGCCACCUUUGACACCGCCAACGCCAAGGGGAAGGACUGGCGGCUCCUCGCUCAGAAGCUCCACAUCGACAGGAACCUGUCCUACUUUGCAUGUCAAGAGAGCCCAUCGUCGGUGAUUCUGAGCCUGUGGGAAGCCCAGCACCAGGACUCUGGGGACCUGGACUCUCUGGCCAGUGCCCUGGAGGAAAUCAGCAAGGUCCAGUCCCCCAGGACCGCCACCAGGGGCUGCAGCAGAGAAGAGCGGGACUCAGAGUUCACUAAACUUGGGUAGGGCGGGUCUGCGGCAGAUAUAUAUAUAAAAUAAUGAUGAACCUUUACUGCAUGGACACUGAUGAUCAGGUGUUCUAGCUAACCUGUGGCGAAGAGGAGGAGGAGGAGGAAAGAGGACAGCGGGGGAACUCAGUUGUGGACUGUGACUAAAGGAACACGCCCCCAUCUGUGAGCGAGAAGUUUAAUGACCUGUAUCCAAGGAUUAUGGAUAUCUGUGUGAGGAAGGACUUUUAGACAGACUGCCCAUCAGGCUGGCGUUGUGACCUUCCCAGGAUCGGAUGUGCCGGCACUUGCGCCCCCAAACGGUCCUCGGGGCUGUCAAAAGAUGUUUUGUGUAAUGUCAUUUUGUUGUCAUCCCUUUUCCAGAUCUCCUCACGCUUCGUUUUCUUUCGCUUUCCUUGCGGCGUGUCUCUGAGUUCAGAGGAGAAAGCAGACGGGGAGGAGUGUCGGCUGUUCAGAUGCUGACACCGAUUAGCAAGAAAAGGGUAAAAAAAAAAAUUUAAAAAGAAGGCGGAUGAGAGAUUAAACAUAGAAACGGGGAUGAAUUGGCGUCGAUCCCGAGGAUAGCGGCGAUUUUAAGAAACGCCCACGUGCAGAACACACCGUCAAAGCACCGCCACCCGUCAUCUCGAACGACCCGCUCCCGGCUCAGCCCGGUGUGGGAUGAGUGACUUGGUACCAGAAGAGGCGGUGGGAACAUUAAAUACUCUGGCGCUGGUUAAGUGAUGUGUGUGUGUGUGCUUAUCGCGACCCUCUGGGAUUUUUUUUAAUUUGAUUUGCGGAUUAAUCUGAGCUGCUUUUAUUUUGGAGGGGGGAUCAUAUAGUUGGAUAUCAUUAUGUGGAGACACUUAGGGUACUCCCCCACUCCUCUCUCCUCUUUUCCCAGCUAGAUUUGCUCCACCUGCCCCCCCCCCCCCCACACACACACACACACACACAUGAUAAAGUGACUUUGUGCUGAACUCUGUGUUGGCUCAUCUCUUUUUAUCCACUUAAUGAAUUAAAUUCUCCAGAAACUUCUACGGUGGAGAGAAAUCCGCGACAGUAAAUCCUCAAAAACUGUAUUCAGCAAAGAGAUGAAACAUUUUCAAGACAAAAUCCAAUUUCUUUUUGUUGAAUGAUGUAAAAGAGCCGCGUAAGCACUCUUUAAGUUGAGCUUGCAGAUCCUGCUGUCAUUCCUGCUUAGAAAUAUUUGAAAGUCAUAGUUCAGCACGUUUGGGAAAUAAGCUUUUUGCUUUUCUUGCAUGGAGUUGAAAGGAUUGAAACUACUCUGGUAAAAAUCUGCUUUUCAGAAUUUGAGCACAGAAGCGAACAAGCUAAUUUCCCAAAUUAUGAAUUCCUUUGAUUAACUAGAACUCCCAGUUUCCUAUUAAAGCUCUGCAGCCGAACAGCGAAUCCCCAGUUGGUUUGUGUAAUAAUGGAGAUGUUCUGAUACCGUAAUCACAGAGAUAUGUCAUUUGAUAGUCUGAGAUCCUGGAAACAAGAUUUUCAAAGAGCCCCAAAAUGUCAAAUAGUCAAACGAGUGUGUGAGCAGGAGAUGUGUCUGGAUCACAGAGCUCCUCGUGGACAGACGGACCUCCGAGAGGUCGGCUGAAAGGUCGCGGUGUAAAACAUUCACACCUGGAAGAAACACGACGUACAUUAUCAUGUAACAUACAAACUUAGUUUGAACGUGUAUUAUGAUGUGGUUUGGAGUUACUUCCGCGUGUUUAGUAUCCAAUCAAACAGAGUUGGUUUAUUCAAUUUGUGAAAUAAAUAAAUAAAAACAUGUUAAUGCAAAUCUAAAAGUUUUGUUUGCGAGUCCAAAAGUCUUGCUCGGUCAAAUGUAACGCGUCCGCUUGGCAACGUCUCCUGUUAGAAAAACGCACAUCACAAAAAUACCAUCAACCACCAUGACACGACACCAAUAGUCCUGUUAGCUCGCGGCUACAUGCACACGCUCAUGCAGGCCACUAGGCGGCCACAACAUAACUAUGCAAGGGAGUGACGAAGCUAAACUAAAAUGAUAUGUAUUUUUUAACCUAUUAUAAUUCCACAGAUCUUUAAAUAAGUUUGCAUAUAGUUAGAAUCCGACAUUAUUGCUACUAAGACAGAAGUUAUGUGGAAACAUGCAUUUAAUUAACUGGGGUUAAAGCGGAUGAUUAUUUUUACCAUCGAUAAUAUUUUAUUUCGUCUGUAAAUUGAUAGAAAAUUGUGAAUUUUUUUUUCACCCGAAGCCCACAUUUUUUCCCCAAACCCCCAGAAAAAGCAAAAACAUUCUUUUUGUUGUUGUUGUUGUUGUUGUCAGUGGGAUUAUUGUUCUCGGCAUUCUCAACGACGGUAAUCUACCGUAAAACCUCGGCCUCAACACAACGUUCAGCCGCUGCGCCACGAGAGAGACGGCUAGCAUCAAAUAUAUAUAUUUAGUUAUUUAUUUAUUUCGAAAACUGCUCCCACAAGCACGGAGGUUAUUCCGAUGGGUUCGAGUUUCAGAAAUAGAAUAAAUGUCUUUUCAGUCGUAUUCAAAUCACAAACUAAAGUCGUGCGAGGCCAUCGUAACGUUGGUGAGCCCCGGAUCCGUUUGGCAAUUCCACAUUUUGAAGGGAAAGUCACAUGAAACUUCUUUGGGACCAUCUUGUUUCAUCAUUACUCAAGUCCUCAAUAACGGACACCAGCAUGUAUAUGUGUUACCCCCCCCCCCCCCUUUUCCAGUCGCAUGUUGAUUCAUUUGCCCGCUAACUUCUUCCAACGCGCUGACGACUGGAUGAAAGUCUCCCGCGGCGCCGCCUGCCACAGCAAUCUUCUACUCAGAGUCUGGGACCCCCGUCGGCUAAUGGCGGCGCCAGACGCCGAUGUUCUUGGGGGGGUAAAAUGUUCUCACCGACGCCGACUCCUCAAAAGAGAAGGAAGAAAGAAUGGAGUUGAAAGACGACGGUUUCCCUGAGCGAUUCCCCACAACGCGCCGCGUGUCGGAACCCGUCUGCUCGACCCGGAGCACAUUUAUGGCAAACUUAGAUUUUAUCUUAAAACUCAACGGCUCAAAAAUGAUUUCCAGCAGACGGAGAGCUUGAAGAAGGGCGCGUUAGUGUCGACGGCCUCCGAGUUGAUGGUCCGCUGAGCAGAACCGGACCGGGACACUUGACGGGACGUCACGGGCCUCGAGCGCGCGGGUCGACGGCUUCUCUUCGGUCGUCCGAGUGAUCCGGUUUUUUCCGCCCUAAUUGCCAGUGACUUCCACUCGGGGGCGGGGCCGCAGAUCCAUAACGAACGCUGACGACGAGUCAUGCCACCUCGUGACGGUUCAAUGGGCGUGAUGAUGACUUUGGACUUGGCUGGAACUCUUUUCUUUUUCUUUCCUUUUUCUUUUGGCAGAAGGCCUUGAAACUUCACUGGAAUUUACUUCUUUUUUGGGGGGGGUCUGAAGGCUGCCAAAGCUCAUUAAAAACACUUUUUGUUGUUGCUGCUAUCGUUGUUCUUGUCAAUGUAUGUGCCCCCCUAAACAUCUCACACACCAACCAUGAGUUUUCUUCCAUUUAUUGACUCACUUUAUUUUGUUUUGCUUUUCUUUUUGCAAAUCAUCGACUUUGCUGUGCCAAGCCCCCCCCCCCCUUCUCUCACACAGACACAUUUACAUAAUUACACACAGGAGGGAGCAAAUAAAUAAAUACAACCGAUACGCUUCAUAGUUUUCUAACUAAUUGUGCUUCUCCGUGUGGGGUUGUCGUCAUAGAAUCUGACCAGACUUGUGUUGUUUAAGUUUUUUUGCACACCAAUAAUCAAAAGACUGGCGUUGUAUGCGAGCUGUAUUGUUUCUCGGCCGUGCUCAGAGACCUCAGAGGUGUUUCCCAACAACAACAAGCAUUUAAAGCCGUUAUCUCCCCUGAAUGAUGCGACCGUCUGUCUCCUGAGGAUGCUCGCUGUGUCCUUUCCUUGGACCCGCUGACUCCGAGUGUGUGUCUGCUUGCGAGUGCGUGAAGGGAAAGUUGUGUGUAACUUUAAAGAAACGCUGUAUUGUGUGUCUCUGGGGGAAAUCCAGCCGACAGUAUAGAGCUACUAUUUCAGCUUAUUCAGACGUGUGAUGUAACGUGUUUUUCUCACCGCCUCCUAUCUUAGGAUCUGCGAAAACAAUGCUAACUUGAGUAAAAGUGUAACAAUUCAUCAAACAUGUUGAAAGAUUAAUUAAAGACUUUAUAACUGCUUUUUUUCUUUUUUUGGGGGGGGUGUUGUUGUUUCUAUUUCUCUGCUUUUCUCUUUCUGGAUGAAAUCUACUGCCUUUUAAAAUCUUUAUCUCACAUCCGUCAAUUUUAUCUAAUGAAACUGCUGGAAGUAAUUAUGACUUUAUUUGCCAUAGGUUAUGUAUACGGUGGAAUGUUUUAUUUGAGACAUCUCAAUAUAUUUUUCUGUACUCAAGGUUUGUUUUCUGUGCUAUAUGAAUGUUUAUGUUCAGAAGGUGAAAAGUGUCAUGCUGCUCUUCGCCGGUUCUUUCUUCUCUCUUUUCUUUUUUUCAAAGAUUUGCCAUUUUGAAACAUGUAUAUACUGUAUUGUGUUGAAAUAAAUAUGCAGUGGCAGCAUAGGAUUCCCUAUUUAUCUGUGAUA